UAUUUACUAUUUCUUAUCUUUCUGUUCCUUGUUGCUAAAUUACUACAUGUUUUGAGUGUUUGUGAACAAUAGUAAGUACUAUUUUGGAGUUUGCUUUUGAUGUACUCUUACUAUGUCCUCAAAUGACGAGAAAAUGCAACCGUCGAAACAUGGUAGUGACUGUCGUGUCGACAUGUAUUUAAAACUUGAAGCCGUUUACAACAGCAGCGAAUCCAGUAGUGGGGACGAUGCGUCGAAUGAACAACUUUACAGCAGGUAUAGUGAAGUGUCUGUUGAAAAUGAUCGUCUAACGACGGUUUAUCGCGAUCGGAAGUACGGAGCCAAUACAACAUAUCCCAGUGGAGCUCAGAACUUGAGCAAUCGACCACGGCCACCUUCGUUGGAUUUGUACAAGUCUUUAAUCGAGAAAUCUCAGCAUCCGAUCAAACCAGUACAGCAUUCAACUGGGGUGUAUAACAUGUCUAAACCUGGAGAAAGAACGAAGCCAACCAUGUUGCAACGUUCUCUAAAUGCUAUAUCAGGAGUUGGGGAUCAGCUGGGAACACGAGAUGACAACUUAGGAAAAUAUGAUGUAAGUCACUUGAAACCAAAUAUUUCUUUUGCUCAAGAGCAAUUAAACAUGACAAAAGGUUUUCGUAUGUACAACCAAGAAGCUAGCCCUACAAGUCCAAGGCCGUCUUUUCCAGUUGCCCCUCAUAAUCAUAUCUUAUCCUCGUCACCUUAUAAACGACCUCCUCCACCUUCAGCAUCAUUUAUGUCCCAAGGACCAUCAGUGGCAGGUUUGAAAAAUCAACAGAAACAUCACAGAUGGCAUCCAGAAUCACAAUCCCUUCAGAAAAAUGCAACAUUUCCAAACAACAUGCAUCGUAAUGUUGAAAGCACAAAUUCAACCUGGUCUUCAGGGAAAUCCUUCUUCAAAGCAAGUGCAAAUGAAGCAACUUUUGAAUCUAAAAUCAUCGCUUUCCUCACAUUUCAAGGUCAUCCAUGCAACACAAAUAGCAUUCGACUUUCAGUUGGGGCUAACACAAAAAAGGAAAUAAAUCCUACACUUUACCAAUUGCAGAAGAAAGGUAUCAUAAACAAGGUUAAUGACAUUCCUCCUACAUGGAAACUUUCUCCCAAUGUUCAAAAUGUUUCAGUCCCCAGCACUCAAACUCAAACCCUUCAACCACCUUCCUCGUCAUUUCAUCAUGACUCAUUCCAAAGUAAACAUCAACCUAUUCGAGCUUCCGAACGAGCAGCCGAAACAAAGUAUUUUGGAAAUGCUGAUGGUAGCAGCAAGGAAUUUUUCGAAGACUGUUUCACUUCCAUCAACAAAAACCCUGUGAGUGCUUUGAAUAACUUUGGUCAAAAACACAAGUGUGUGGUCACAUUCGAGACCAUUUCCCAAAAGACUUUCGGCAAGCCUUCAUUUACUAUCGCUGCCAAAGUUGGCGAGAGGAGAUUCACUGCUGUGACUGCUAGCAAUAUUAAAGAAGCCAAGCGACAGGCUGCUGAUGUUGCUUUGCGUGAGCUUUCCCAAGGCUCUACAAGGCAUGGAGAUUCUGCUGAUGGUAAUCUGUCAGAUUUUUCACCUAUUCCAAAAAAAAACACAUGGACACACUUUGAUCACAUGGCUGCUUUAAGUCAUCAGUUGUUCUCGAGACUUGCCUCGAUGGUUUCUGUUUCAUUUGCCGGAAGAAAAGUGAUUGCAUGCAUUAUUAUGAAGACAAGUGCAGAAGACUGUGGACGAGUUGUCAGCCUUGGCGUUGGCAACAGGUGCAUUACCGGGGAGAGAAUGAGUUUGGAAGGGAAGAAAGUGAAUGAUUCUCAUGCAGAAAUCAUUGCAAGACGAGGUUUGCUUCGUGUGUUUUAUAAAGAAAUCAGUAACUAUCUUUCCCAAAGGCCAUCUAUUUUUAGAAAGGUUGAUGGUGAAAAAAAGCUUCAUCUUGUGGAGGGUGUGACCUUUCACCUGUACAUCAGCGUGGCUCCCUGUGGGGAUGGGGCACUUUUCUCCUCCAGGCAGAUGGUAAGUGUUGCGAGAAAUAAUGAACCAAUCAGCAAUCAACACACUCCCACCUUUAGCUCGAAACAACAGGGAAUACUUCGUACUAAGAUUGAAGAUGGCGAGGGGACUCUCCCAAUCGACCCAGAUGCUCCACCUCAAACAUGGGAUGGACUGUUGCAAGGGGGAAGGCUACGCACUAUGUCUUGCAGCGAUAAGAUUUGUCGUUGGAAUGUACUAGGUUUGCAGGGUGCUUUGCUGACACAUUUCAUCAAACCUGUUUACUUGGAGAGCUUAACACUUGGCUAUCUAUAUGAUCAUGGACAUCUGUCGCGUGCAGUCUGUUGUCGUCUUGUGCACAAGGAUGACCUUAACGGACGUCUGGCAUCAGGCUACCAUGUGAAUCACCCAUAUAUUGGGCGUGUCACUGCCUAUGAACCACCUCGGGAAACAGAGAAGACAAACAACAUCAGCAUAAACUGGGUUCUAGGAGACAAGAAUGUUGAAGUAACAGAUGGUCGGGAUGGUGCUUGCCAGACAAGGACAGCAAAUGCACCAACACCUUCUCGACUAUGCAAGGCAGCCUUGUUUGGUAACUUUUUGGAGUUGAUGAAGAGAGCCCCUGAAUAUGGUUAUACAGUCAAUGUGGAUUCUUACCAAAGUGCCAAGCUAUCAGCUAAAGAUUUUUCCCAUUGCAAACAGGAAAUGAAAAGUCAAUUUAGAAAGUCCAAAUAUGGUCAAUGGGUUUCCAAGCCUCCUGAGCAAGAUAUGUUCAAUGAGCCUUUGCCUGCUCUGGAUGUAUAGGUGUUUGUAAGAUUUGAGGUAGAGAUUUUUUAGAGUUUAAAUAGUAAAUAUUAAAUAUAUUUACCGUAAUAAAAGUACGUCACCAAA